AUGCCUCAAUUUGCAAAUUUUGUGAAGAAUAUUAAAGAUCAAUAUGAGGAUAAGGAAGUAGUAAAUGAGAAAGGCUCUACUCUUUUAUGUGAUAUCCUACCACCUAAGCUGCAUGAUCCUGGUAGUUUUACUAUUCCCUAUAUGAUAAACGAAAAAAAAUUCGACAAGGUUUUGUGUGAUUUAGGUGCUAGUGUUAAUUUAAUGCCUUAUUCAUUAUAUGAAAAAUUGGGUUUGCAAAAACUUAAACCUUCCCCUAUUUCUCUUCAAAUGGCUGAUAGGACUUCUAGACUCCCUAUGGGAGUGGUUGAGGAUGUAUUAGUUAAGGUUGGUGAACUUGUUUUUCCUAUUGAUUUUGUUGUUAUGGACAUGAAAGAAGACCAUAAGAUCCCGAUUAUAUUCGGUCGUCCAGUCCUUGCCACAAGUCAAGCUCUAAUAGAUGUUCCUAAAGGACAAGUGACCAUUAGGGCCUAG